AUGACCUUUCAAACCUCCCUUUACCAGUCUACUACGCCCUUAUCCUCCGAUCCGACCCGCGUUCCUACAUCAGCCUCCUUCGCCGAGCACGAUGGCUGGCGAGACGGUUCUCCACUUCCUUUCAGACCUCACCCCGAUGGCUCACCUGCCUCGAUUGUCAUAAACAUCAGCGAUGGCGGCGCAACUGGUCGAGGCAUCCUUAUCGGGCUGUUGUCUGCGUUUGGUUCCGCCGGUGUUGCGGUGCUUGUUCUUGCGAUUUUCUUUUUCUUCAGAUAUACCUCUCGUGGCCGUAUUCUGUUAGACCGGAUAGGCCGGCCCGGCGAGUUUGACGAUGAGCAAGCCUUUGCGCAGGAAGAGGCUGAGGCCUUGGAGACGAUGGACGAGUUGCAGCGAGCCGAGUAUUUGAGGGCAAAAGCAUUUAUACAAGCGAAUCCUCCAGAAUCCGUACAAACUGAUAUAUCGCUGUCACAGUUCCUGGCGAUCCAAGAAAAAGGUGUUUCUGCGUGGGAAUUCGAGCCAGAAUUGGAAAUAGCCAAUUGCUUUGUCGAAGCGAGAACCGAAAUCGAGUUCUUCGAUUCAGAGUGCAGUGUACAGAGCAACCUGCCGGUACCCAAGCAGAAUGAAGUGUAUUAUUGGGAGGCUAAGAUCUACGACAAGCCGGAGAACAGCCUAAUCAGUAUUGGUAUGACCACGAAACCAUACCCUCUGUUCAGAUUGCCGGGGUUCCAUAAAACAUCGGUGGCGUAUCUUUCCACGGGACAUCGACGCUACAACCAACCGUUUUCUGCAAGCACAUAUGGUCCGCCUUAUGUACAAGGAGAUGUGAUCGGGGUAGGAUACCGACCUCGAACCGGGAGCAUAUUUUUCACACGCAACGGGAAGAAGUUAGACGAGAUUGCGCACAACUUGAAGACCCAGAACUUCUUCCCGACUGUGGGCGCCAAUGGACCCUGCCACGUACAUGUGAAUUUUGGUCAGAUGGGAUUCGUGUUCAUCGAGGCGAAUGUCAAGAAAUGGGGGCUGGCACCCAUGACAGGAAGUCUUGCACCACCUCCACCUUAUGGAAGCGAGCAGGGUAGCAUUCUCCUCGAGACUGGUAGGGAAGGAACGCGGCAGUCGACAUAUGAGCCUGGACACUCGCGAACCCGCAGUGGUCUGGCAAGACUCGGUCUUCCAGCUGGCAAUCCUGGGCCCGUCCGGUCAGCCACGGAUAUAUCGUUGGCGCAACUUGCGCAUAUAUCGACACAAGAUCUUCCCAGCCAAGGCAAUGCGCUUCUGGAUAUGGGAGAUAUACAGAAUCAACCCGUGGAGAAUACGCCGGCCGGACAGCAGAUUAUUCCCCCUCCCGAGUAUAGCAGUCCCCCGGAGAGUCGAAGGUCGAGUGGUGACGGCGACGAGGAUGAGAGGCAGGAGUUGUUGCGUGAUCGGACAGGAGGACCACCCAUUCCUACCUACGAUGCUGCUGUGGGCGAAGCGGCAGGGCCCAGCCAUACAUGA